AUGUCUUCACGUCCCGCCCUCCCAAGCCAACUCGCCAACACCCACAUCGCUUCCCUUCUUCAAAGUGGGACGAUACCUCCCGUCAAGUACCAAAUUCUCAAUGUCCAAGGAGGGACCGAGAUCCUCGUUGGUCGCCUCAAAGUAGACACGCCAACUCCAUCGGGUCACGCCUUCAUCCUGAGACGUUAUGAUACUGGUGCUGUAUCAUUAACCACAAUGUUCCGUGCUGCCUACCCUAUGGCUGAUGCCGGUGCGUAUCCUAAGACUGGACUCAAUACGCCUACUUAUCUGCCUGCUCCAGAGUCGGAGAAACGAGAAUUUCAAUGGGUCAAGGAGAACUACGAUCUGUCCGGCAACAACGGCUCCUCUCGAGACCCUAGUUCUAUUCCACGACUGGCUGGAACCUGGGUUAGCACAGACGUAGCUAUCGAGCUCGGAGAGGCCUAUUCUCUUGGAGAGCUCAUUCACAGUGUUGUCGAAGCACAACCAGACCCCAACGCCAACUAUCGUCGCUCAGGCAAAGGCAAAGAUGGUGCUGCAACCACACCGUCGAAGACAUUGCCCACUCCUCCCCGAGCAUCUCCAAAUCCACCCACUAAACGCAGAAAGGAGGCAUCACCAGCCCCCGCUCCUCUAGUUGUUUCGCCUCGGCGUUCUGCACGGACUAAGAGCCCGAAACCUGCGUCUCAACCUAUACCCUCACUGACAUCAGUGGUCAAAGCAUCCAAGAAGAGUUCGCGGAGGACGGAAGUGGAAACAUUGGCCGGAUCAGAUGAGACUGCUGUAGAUGAUGAUGCUGGAGUUGCUGCUGUUGAGGGAUCGGCGUCGUCGGAGUUGCGAGAAGAGGAUUUGGCCGAGCAGCGCAAGCUCAUCAGCGAUCUGAAAGAGCAGCGAGACAAGGCGCGAAGUGAUGUUUCGAAGACAGUCAAACGCGCGCGGGAAGAUGAAGACAAGCCGCUAGCCUUUGAUUUCAAGGAGCCUCAAGUCGGCGAACGAGUAAUUGCGACCAACAGCCGAAUUUCUCCCAGCCAAAAGUCGGCUGUCUGGGGAGUGAUGGCGUUUGCAUUUGGUGUUACAGCGGCCUCUUUUCUACCAAACCUCUUUUAA